AUGCAGAGGACUUUGGGGAUGAUUCAAGCCUACUUGAAUGACGCUGAGGAGAAAUCCAUCACCCAAGAUGCUGUCAAGAUCUGGUUGAGGGAGCUUGAAGCCGUGGCUUUCGAUGCCGACAAUGUCUUGGAUGAACUCAACUAUCAUCUUCUCCACAAAAAAGUUCAGAAAAUGAAGACACCCAAAGCCAAGGAUAAGAUCUUAGAUCUUGGCCUUCAAAGCAUGAUUGUGAAUGCAACUGCUAUAGCUCAUACUUCCAUUGAGACGGAUUCCUUCAGUCUUGAUCCAAUCUUUAUUGGAAGAGAUGACGAUGUGCCUAAACUAGUUGACAUGCUCACCCAAAUCCAUGAUGAUCGGAUCUUUUCUAUGGCUGCUCUUGUGGGAAUGGGGCCUCGAUUCGGAUCAGUUAUUUGGGUUCAUGUUUCUCAAACAUUUGAUCCAAUCAGUCUUUUCAAAAAUAUCCAUUCGGCAUUGACUUCAGAUGGUGAUGGAGUUGACGGCAGGGAACUAAUCCUAAAAAGGCUUCAAGAAGUUCUCAAGUCUAAAACUUAUCUUCUUGUUCUUGAUGAUGUAUGGAAUGAAGAUGUUGCAAUGUGGGAAGACUUUAUAAAUUCCAUGUCUGGAGUUACUUCCACUACGGGAAAUGGAAUUUUGAUCACCACAAGGAGUGAAAAAGUUGCUUCUAUUGUUAACCCAUUUCAUAUUGAUCAUUUGAAUGGCUUAUCAGAUGAAGACUGUUGGUCCAUAAUCAAGGCCAAAACUUUUGGUAAAAAUGGUGAAGUUCCAUCUGGAUUUGAGAUGAUUGGAAGAAAGAUUGCAACAAGAUGCCAAGGUUUGCCCUUAGCUGCCAAUGUAGUCGGAGGAGUGCUUCAUGGUAAGUCCGAAGAAGAGUGGUGCUUCAUCAAUGAAAAUUGGGUUUCAGAUGGUGAAGGAGGUGAAAAUAUCACAAAAAUCUUGAGAUUUAGCUAUGAUAACCUCUCCUCACCGUCGCUCAAGAAGUGCUUCACGUUUUGUUCGGUUUUCCCCAAAGGUCGGACAAUCGUGAAGCAGGAGUUGAUUGAACUAUGGAUGGCAGAAGGGUUUCUUCAACCAAGCCGAAGAGAUGACAAGGAGUCUGUGGGCAACAUGUUUUGUAAUGUGCUUCUACAAAACUCUUUGUUGCAAGUUGCAGAGAAAGAUGAUUAUGGAAAUAUUUCAGAGGGUGUGAUGCAUGAUCUUGUGCAUGAUCUUGCAUCUUCAGUCUUAUUCAAUAUUGUAGAUGGCAAUACCAUAGUUCGAUACAUGUUUCUCAAAGAAGAAUCAAGUUCUAUUCCAAAAAAAGUGGCCAGACAUUUGCGUACUUUAUUCUUGGAAGGUGGAACUUCUGGUACUUUAUUCUCAAAAUGUCUGCAUAAUCUGACUCUUUUUGGUGAUUAUAAAGAGUUACCCAAUUCAAUUAGGGAGUUGAGCAAGCUGGAAGUUAGAGAAUCUGCCUUGAAGUACAUGUUUAACUUAAGGCAUCUUCAUAUCCAUUCUGAUACAAAGUUGCCUGCGGAGAUUGGGAGAUUAACUAUUCUUCGUACACUCCCUUACUUCACUGUAGGCAAAGAGAAGGGCUUCCAAAUUGAAGAGCUCGGAAGUUUGAAGAAUCUCAAAGGAUCACUAGAGAUUCGUGAUCUAGAGGAGGUGCGUGAUAAAGAAGAGGCUCUGAAAGCAAAUAUUUCAGAAACCAGACUUAUUUGA